CCCCCCGCCGCCGCCGCCGCCGCGUCCCGGCUCCCGGCCCCUUCAUGCGCGGCGGACGACAUGCCCGUUUUGUAGCCGGGGGCCCCUCCUCUCGUCCCGCAUGUUCAGGACCAAACGCUCGGUGCUCGUUCGGCGGCUCUGGCGGAGCCGUGCGCCCGGCGGCGGCGGCGAGGAGGAGGAGGAGGAGGCGGCGGCGGCUGCUGAAGCCGGCGCGGUGGCGGCGGCGGCCGAGGCCCGGGCGCAUGUCUGCGGCGGGGGGCGCGGGUGCUGCUGCCCGGGCAAGGCGGGCCGCGGCGGCCGGGCUUCCGCGGGCGCGGAGGCGGAACUGAAGGCGCUGACCCACGCCGUGCUGAAGCGGCUGAAGGAGCGGCAGCUGGAGGGGCUGCUGCACGCCGUGGAGUCCCGCGGCGGGGCGCGGACCCCCUGCCUGCUGCUGCCCGCCAAGGCCGACUCCCGGCUGGGCCAGCACUGGUACCCGCUGCCGGUGCUGCUCUGCAAGGUGUUCCGCUGGCCCGACCUGCGGCACUGCUCCGAAGUCAAGCGGUUAUGUGGCUGUGAAUCCUACGGCAAGGCUCACCCCGAGCUCGUCUGCUGCAACCCGCACCACCUCAGCCGGCUCUGCGAGCUCGAGUCUCCCCCUCCGCCCUACUCCAGAUAUCCGAUGGAUUUUCUCAAACCAACUGAAAAAUCCGUUUGGCAGCUGAACUCGGGCUAACGGGGCCGCGACAGG